AUGACGGAAGAAAUAUCAUUAUCAAUCGAAGAAACGAAUAAGCUACGUGCUAGUAUAGGUCUUGCCCCAAUUCCUCUACCGGAUGAUGAAAAAAAUGAUGUGAGAACUCAACAGGAAAGAGCAAAGCAGGCACCAAAGACGGCUAAAGCAGUGGAAGAAAUAUCUAUCGAGGAGACUAACAAACUCAGGUUAUCUUUAGGGCUUAAGCCAAUACCAGUGGAUGAUAAUUCAGUGACAAGUAGAGAAGAAAACGAAGUUCAGAAUUUUCAGAGACAUCAAUCAGAUAUUAGAGGUAAAGAGAGAGAUGACGAGAUAAAGCAAAGAAUAGAUGAUGUUAAGGCAAGAAAUCUAACACGCAAAAGGUUGGCAACGGGAAAGACGUUAUUGGAAGAUGAUAAAACUGAAUCUACUGACGAUUGGUUGAAAAAGUUAGGCCAACCAAAGGUGCCGGUCAAGAAGCAAAAAGUACAAGCCAGCGAAUCCGACGAACUGGAUGGGUUGCGGGUGGGACAUAAUUCAAAAGAAUUAUCUACUUUGAAGAAUAACGAGAUUCUCACUUUGAAAGAUACUGACAUAUUAGGAGAGAAAGAAGAAGACGAGCUUACCAACGAAUCACUCGUACGUGAUGCGAGAUUCAAGAAAGACUUGCAAGAUAAACUCGGAGCUGAGCGUGUGAAAAAUAAUGUAAGGGGGUUUCAAAUGGACGAAGAUUACAAUGAAAAUGACGAAGCUGACGACAAUUUGAUGAUAACAGGUGCAACAAUAAAAUUGACAACCAAGAAUCAAGGGGGAAACGAGCCUACAGAAGUAGAAUCAUCUAAGGGACAUGUUAAGAUAUCGAAUUUAUUUUCAGAUAUUGAAGAUUCAGAUCUUCAGCCUGCAAAUGAUUACCUUAAACCAAAAAAACCUAUGAAAAUGAAAAAGAUAAAGAAAAAGGCAUCUCAGAAAUCGAGGAAUAAAACAGAAAUUACUGAAGAUACAAAAGAUGAAGAUGAAAUAAUCCCAAUCAAAUCAGUUGAGCUCGAGACACUUGAUCCGGCAGACUUACUUGCGGAAGAUGCCGAAUUGAAUUCCGCCCUUUCGAUGAAAAGAACAUUGAAGCAAAAAAAUAGGAAGCAUAUGACACCGGAACAAAUAGCUGAGGAAGUCAGACUUUCUAAGAGGUGGAAUGAAGAGAAUGAUCUUGAUAAUUUUUCAGUGGACGCCCAGAAAUACCAAGGAGGAAUUGUGUAUGAUGACACAAGUGACUUUUUAAACUCAUUAAGCGCAAAUGUUCUUGAAGAUAAAGUCAUUGCAAAGAAUAAUAUAAACAAUAUAAAAUACGAGCCUGAUAUUAAAUCAGAGCUGGAGAUUAAAUUAGAGGAAGAUGAUGAAGUACUUUCAAACAAUAAUACGACGAAAAUGGAACCACUGGGCGCUGCAUCGGUCAAAAACGAAGAUGAAAGCGUCAACCAUGAGGACACUAGCUCCCCUGCAUUUAACGGUGGUCUUGCCUCUACGUUGAAGUUCCUCCAAUCAAGGCAAAUUCUUCAGAAACAAACUGACGACGAAUACGAAAAGUCCAAACAACAACGGGAAGCAUUGAAACAUGCAGAGCUUCUCAAAUUGAAGAUCUCAAUCGAAUCAAGAAUGCUUAGGGAAUACUUAGAAUCUGAUAAAUCCUAUAUGAACUUACCGAAGGAAGAAAGGGAAGAAAUUUUUGACUCGCAUCUUGAUCAAGUCUUGAAAGAAAAAAAUAUCAUCUCUAAUACCCCUAACUCGCGUAGUAAUGGCACUUAUAGGAAAACAAAUCAACCUCAACUGAGCAAAGUGCUUGACACUUCCAACUACAAUCCUGAUGUCAAACUUUCCUAUAGAGAUGAAUCAGGUACCGAACUAAAUACGAAAGAGGCGUUCAAAUACUUAUCGCAUAAAUUUCACGGAGUUGGCCCUGGAAAGGGUAAAAUAGACAAAAAGUUGAAAAAGAUGCAACAGCUAAGAGACAAAAACUCUUCAAAUAGUGAAGGCAUAAUUUAA